UGGUGGCCAUCUGCAAAACUUCACAGAUAUUUAUAACCACUGCCACUUCUGUUUGAUGAAGGCAGUCAUGGAAGUGACAUGCUUACUGCUUUUGGUCUCUGCUGUUGGUACAACUGCAGGUAGGACCCCGCACACUGGAAAGCGAUUCAUCGCAUCACUGUUCUCAGUGUACCCAAAUGGUAGGGAUCGAGAUGUUCCGGUUGUUUCCAUUGGCCAUGCGCGUGAAGGAAGCUGCACGCUAACCAACAGUGAUGGCAAUAGAACAGACAUCCAGCUUCAAGGGAGUAACACCAUCACACAAUUUAGUCUGCCCUACAUCGCGGAAUUAAGUCUAGGGAUAAAUGUCGACAAACGUGCUAUGGAACUUGAGUGCACUACUGAUGUCUCCUUUUAUAUUUUCCUCAGAAGACACGUCAAAGUAGGUGCUUUUGCAUAUCCUGUACUUCCUUUGGAAUCCUUGUCUAAUAGGUACAUCAUACCAUCAGUGCCGAAUAACCCGAUGUUAGGAAUCGCUGCGAUAUCCGACAAUACAACUGUCACAGUCGAAUUUAAAACCAAGUGCACCUACCAUUUCGGUUGGACGAGGUUGGAAGGGGGAAGUAGGUUUACUAAAGUCUUGAAUAGGAGAGACGUGUUGCAGAUAGCUGGACGUAUUUUAACUCAGCGUGAAUAUUGCGAUUUAGGAGGAUCAAUCGUUCAGAGCAGUGAACCCGUAGCAGUGUUCUCUGGAUCACCCGGAAUCUAUUAUCAAGGAUAUCUCAGUAAAACUGGCAUGAGCCAGGUACCACCGGUUACAGCAUGGGGGACAAAGUUUAUUGUACCCCCGCCACUAGUUUCAGAUAUGUUUAGAAUAAGUAUCGUGGCAGCUUACAAUGACACGACAGUUACCAGGGAAUUACCAACUGGGGUCAAAACAGUUCAUCUAAAUGAAUCCGAAUUCUAUGUCGAAAACACCAAGACAGGAUUAGCGGCAGCAUAUAUCCAUAGCACAAAGCCGAUACUUAUCCAACAAAUAUUUGAAAAAGCUGCAGGUAUUGUACCUGCUUUGGAUGACUACGGUACUGAAUAUCUUAUACCAGACCUUCAAACUGAUAACCGAAAAUACCAACGUCAUGUUGUACUCGUCACCAGCGCUGACUGCACGUCACACAUAAACGUCAAUUCAACAUGGACGUCACAGUUGAACACUUCGCACCAGGUCUCCUUCACAGGCUUCACAGAUUCUUAUAAUUUGACCGCUAUAAGAAGCAACUCUUCAUCCUGUCCCUUUGCUGUGCGGGUCAGUGUUGACUCAUCUUGGGAGUCACUUGGGUUCUUCGUUAGUCGACACAAGUUUCAAGAAGAAGGCCUGCUAGAUUCGGUAAACCUGACAUGCACACCAGAGACUUGGCAGGUGACGGUGGACACACAACAACUACAGUAUGCAUACCCGACCUCUGUCCGUCAGAAUAUCUUCAUGUCCAACACGUUUUGUCCUGGACUCCUUGACGGCGAUGUCCUUGUGUUCAACUCCUCCUAUGAUGACUGCAACACAAAGACCAAGGGAAGCAACACAUCGAUGACAUUCAGCAAUUACCUCAUUGAAUAUGAAAGAGAUCCCAAAACAAAUAUUGUUACUGGUGCAAAAUGGCGUUACAACCUCGAAUGUGAUCUUCCCAAACGUGAAACUGCUGCUAUCAGUUUUAAUCCCGUCAACUCGAACGUGGCAACAAUACAAACGGCAAGCACGGUAGCAGGACACGAGGCAGCCAUUACGUUUUACAGCGACAACGCUUUCCAAACUAAAUUGAAAGGAAACCCCUUGAAGGUGAACCUUGGCUCACGUGUGUAUGUUCAAGUUGCAAUGAAGCUGUCGGCCGAAGUCAAACUGUUGGUUGAUAACUGCUACGUCAGUGAACAUAUACAGGGAGACAACUCUACUCGAGCUGCUCUAAUUCAGGAUAGAUGCGAAGCAAACCAUUUCACCCACAUCCUCGGCCAUACGGACACGCUGGCACGUUUCUACUUCGAUGUCUUCGAUGUGCCCCAUCACCAUGACAGCAUCUACGUCACGUGUGACGUCAGUUUCUGUCCACUCAUGGAUUUCACAUCGGAUUGCCAAGGUGGCUGCAACAAGACUGCGUCGUAGGGUACUGACAAUAGGAUAAUAAAUAAAUAAGCAAAACAAUA